UAUUACUGGUUGCAUACCAAAAUAAACAAAUUUACAUAAAUAUUCGAUUGAAAUUUUCUACAUAGCAAAAUAAACAUGGAAAGUGGAAAAAUAAGCAUUAAAUUAAAGAUAAAACGAUACGAUCUUUCAGACGCUCCAGAGACAAACAUAAAAACCUUAGAUAUUUUUCCAAAUAUGGACUACCCCUCGAUAACUACGUCUUUAUUUAAAGUUUGCGAAGCUUCUCCAGAGAAAACAGUUCUUAAAAUAAGAAACGAAGAAGGAUUUUUAGUACCGGUCUCAUUUUUGAUUGAAGAUCCUGAACCGUUUUAUUAUAUUGAUGUUGCCACUAUAUCUUGUUUCGGUCAAAGUUCAAAUAGUUUACUGCAAGAUGCCUACGUCGAUUCUGUAUGUAACAAAGUUAAAUCUCUCGAAUCUAGAAUAGCUCAAACAGAAUUACUGAUGCCGCAAUUGGAGUGGAGAAGGCAAGCUUAUAUGGAAGAUACUGUAUCGGGACUACUCAACAAAGUACAGUUUUUAAACCGUAGAUUUGACGAACUAUAUCCUCAAUACAAAGCUGCAAGAAACAUUUCUACCUGAACACUUUUAAAAUAUUUUUAUAAUUCUCUUUUGUGAUAUUAUUUAUACCCAUUUAUUUAUAUAUUUUUAUUCUCACAAAUAUUAUUAUCUGAUGUACACCAAAACAAGAAUAAUGUCAAUAAAGGCAUGAUGUUCCUUA